AUGGCAUUCGUUGCCCAUUUCAGCGGUCUCUCAACCUGGCCGACAUGCUUUUCAUUCACGCUUGGCCUUUUCCUCGGCGGUCUCGACCUCCUGGCGCUGGAUGGUUGGGGCUGCGGUGGCGAGCGAAGUUUUGGGAAGGACGGUAUGGGGAGGGCGAUUGGCUUCAUCUUUGAGGUUCUGUGCAAUCUGCUUUUAAUCUUGUCGCCAAGUUUAAAUGGUACACCAAGGUGGCGCAUUCUGAGGUUUGCGUGA